AUGGCAGCUUCGAAUGGAGGUGCUGCCACCAAAGUGGCCAUCGUCGGGGCAGGCCUGACUGGACUGCUCACUGCCCACGGGUUGAAGAAGGUGCCCACCUACUCCUUGAAUCCUUGUAAUGGCUUUGACGUCGUGGUUUUUGAGAGAGCGCUUCACAUCGCGGACCGGCCUCGCGACUGGACGAUCCUCAUCCAUUGGGCCAUGCCACUCUUUAAGAAGCUGCUUCCCGAGCACGUCGUCGAAAAGCUGCCCGAAGCGCUCUGCAACCCGGCCCUCACCUAUGACGAGGAAGCCGAGAGCCUUCCGGUCUACAACGGCGAGACGGGCGAACUACUGUUCAAGAACCGCCUGCCCGGUGCUCGGCGAGUGUCACGCCAGAGGCUUCGCGCCGUGCUGGCUAAGGACCUGGACGAUACGGGGAUCAUCCGGUGGGGUAAAAGGCUAACUGAGUUGUGUCACGACGGCGAGUCUGGCCCUGUGCAGCUGCGGUUCGAGGACGGGUCUACGUUUGAGGCCGACUAUGUGCUCGGGACCGACGGCUCGUCGUCAAAGGUGCGCGAACUGUUGUUCAACGGCGAUGAGGCGGCACGCGUGCAUUUGUCGGGGUACAUGUUCGCGACGGCUAUUGUGCGGUACGGCGAUGCAGCCAAGGUGGAGGAGGUUCUGAAAGCGCACCCAGUUGCAGCGAUCACCAUGGCGAUGGAUUCAGUGGGCGUGAUGUAUGCGGACACCCCGGAAGAGUUGGGCAAGUGGACGACGUUUUGGGUCAAGAUUUGGCGUAAAAGCGUAGCACCUCUGCCCGAGGGAGUGGGCGUUGGCGACAAGGCUCUUGAAUAUUUGAAAGCGACCACGAAAAACCUGGCCGAGCCUUUCCAGUUCUUUAUCGACUGGUCGCCGGAUGGCAGCGAAUGCUACAUUGACGAGAUGAAGUACUGGGUGUCGCAGCCCUUCGAUAAUCGCGGCGGCCGCGUCACGCUGGCUGGCGACGCUGCCCAUCCAAUGCUGAUUUACCGCGGACAGGGCUUCCAGCAUGCGAUUCUCGACGCAAGCCAGUACCUCGAUGCGCUCAUCAAGGUGCACGAGGGCGCAGUUACCAGGUUGCAGGCCAUCUCGGCCUACGACGCCGACAUGGUUGAGCGGGGCGCCAAGGCUGUGCAACAAUCACUGCAGGAGGCCGAGUUUUCAAUGGACCCUAAGACAGUGCACAAGAUGCUGAUGGCGAGACAAGGGCACGCGAGCGAGAUUUGGAAAUGCAACCGACGAGUUCAGCCCGCAGACUCGGGAAGGCAACCUGCACCAGAAGCCACAAAUACAACAGAUCGUGCAUCGAGGGCCGUCGAUUCUUUUGCUGCACUGUCAACAAUGCCCGACAACGACCCGCCUCGGUCGAGUCCCGACAAGGAAGGGAUCGACGGCGGUGCGCCGAGCGACGCAAGCGGCGACAGAAGCUCCGCAAGCGUCCCGAACCGCGACCCAAGCCCCGCUUCUCCCGAACCGCAACCCACAACAAGCCCCACCACACUCACCGGUGGCCCCGCCGCACGCCCGCAUGCCAUGUUCCACGAAGAGGAUCAUGAUCAGGAGGCAGCAGACGAGAGGUCAUCUGUCAUCGUCCCGGCCGGGGACGACCACGUCCCGGACGAAGACGAGUUUGCGCUGACCGAUGGUUACGAGACGGCAUCGACCGGGUCGACAAGCGUAACGUCGUCCAUAUACGCCCAUACUAUCGAGAAUGGUCGUCGCUAUCAGCACUUCAAGAAUGGCCGCUAUCCGAUUCCCAAUGACGACGAAGAGCUUAAUCGCGAGGACAUGAAGCAUGCCAUGAUGCUGGAGCUGUGCGACGGCAAGCUGUUUUACGCUCCCAUUGGCGCGAACCCCCAAAAGAUUUUAGACAUUGGCACAGGCACCGGCAUGUGGGCGAUCGAAAUCGGUGACCUGUUCCCAACCGCACGCGUCCGUGGUAUCGACCUGUCCCCCACACAGCCCGUCUGGGUCCCCCCAAAUGUCGAUUUCCUCGUCGACGACUGCGAGCAAGGCGACUGGCUGGACCAUGAUGUCGACUUUGUUCACUUUAGAAGCCUCAAGCCCGGCGGCUGGAUUGAGCUCCAAGAACUCUGCGCCGAGGUCCUCUGCGACGACAACACCAUGCCCGACAACGAUCCGGUCAAGUACAUGUACGAGCUCUCUCACCGUGCCUUCUCCAUGUUUGGCAUGGACGUGACGCUGCCAAAGAGCCUGGAACCUUUGCUGCGCGAUGCCGGGUUCAAGAACAUUCAGUGUGUCGUCAAGAAGGUGCCCAUUGGCCCCUGGGCACGCGACAAGACCUUGCGUCUCAUCGGCAUGUACCAGAGGAUGGCGGUUCAAGACCUGAUGCCUGCCCUCCCCGGCCGCCCUUUCCAGGCUCUCGGCCUAUCGCAGACCGAGAGCCAGGUCACACUCGCCCAUGCCAGGUCCGGGUUGGCCAAUUUGAGCGUGCAUCGGUAUUUCCAUUACUAUUUCUGGUUUGCGCAGAAGCCGGAAUGA